UGUAAUCCCCGGUGGCCAACCACAUACCAAUAAGUUAGUUCUCUCUUUCUUGCAGAGACCUUUUCUUAGGGUUUCUUGGAUUGUAUGACAGCGAAGAGAAAGGCAAAGAAGUCACAACCAUCAUCGUCGUCUCCACCUAGUGAAGUUGGCAAAUUUGUGUUGUUUGUGAAGCUUCCGUUUUGGACAGAUUCAACUCAUUAUUGUUGAAGUGGGUUCUGCUUUUGGCUCGUCCGAGACUUGGGUUAUUAGGGGAUUAUUGAAAAGGGGUUGUUUGUCUGAGUUAAUUUAUGAUCUGGGUAUGGCUGCGGGUAUGGAUUUUUCACCUCCGAUUACCCUUUUAGAAGGUGGUUGCAAUAGGGAUAAUGUAUCAACCAUGGAAGAUCAGAGCUCAGAGAAUUUGAAUAAUUUGAAACAAAUAACAAAUGGCAAACCUCCGCGGCACCUGUCGAUUAUGCGUCAUAGUGUGAGCUCUAUGAAGCUGCAGGCCACGGCUGAUUUGGAUUUGGAUGUCGGUAUUGUUGGCAGUAAAUCACCUCCUGAUGAAAAGUCAGAUUUUUUACCCGUGUUCCGCUCAGGAAGCUGUGCAGAAAGAGGACCUAAACACUAUAUGGAGGAUGAACACAUAUGUAUAGAUAAUCUUAUUGAACAUCUAGGUGCAACUGCAGACUUCCCUUCUCCUGGGUCUUUCUAUGGGGUGUUUGAUGGCCAUGGAGGUACAGAUGCAGCUUCAUUUAUUAGAAAUAACAUCCUUAGAUUCAUAGUUGAGGACUCCCAUUUUCCAAUUUGUGCGGAGAAGGCAAUUAAGAGUGCUUUUGUGAAAGCGGAUUAUGCAUUUGCUGAUGCUAGUACUCUUGAUAUCUCCUCUGGCACCACUGCUCUAACUGCCCUUAUUUUUGGCAGGACAAUGAUAAUAGCAAAUGCUGGGGAUUGUCGAGCAGUCCUAGGGAGACGAGGUAGAGCGAUUGAGAUGUCAAAAGACCAUAAACCCAAUUGCACAUCUGAAAGAAUCAGAAUUGAGAAACUUGGUGGUGUCAUUUAUGAUGGCUAUCUCAAUGGCCAAUUAUCUGUGGCUCGUGCCUUAGGAGACUGGCACAUGAAGGGCCCCAGAGGUUCUGCCUGCCCUUUAAGUGCAGAGCCUGAGUUGCAGGAGACACACCUGACUGAGGAUGACGAGUUCUUGAUAAUGGGAUGUGAUGGCCUGUGGGAUGUAAUGACCAGCCAGGGUGCUGUGACUAUGGCGAGGAAAGAAUUGAUGCUCCACAAUGAUCCUGAAAGAUGCUCGAGAGAGCUGGUCAGAGAGGCACUCAAGCGCAACACCUGUGAUAAUUUAACAGUUAUUGUUGUUUGUUUUUCUUCAGACCCUCCCCCUCGGAUAGAGAUACCUCCGUCCCGAGUUAGGAGGAGUAUAUCAGCAGAAGGGCUGAAUCUACUCAAGGGUGUAUUGGACUGUAAUUCGUGAAAAAGAAGGGUAACGGUUGAGAGACGGAUGUACAUACAUUGGGGUGACAAUUGGUUCAGGCCUUGAGAGCAUUUUAGCCCUCAAGCCCCUGCUACUGCCAUUACUUAUGCUGCUGCCACUGCCAUUACUUGUGCUGCUGCCACUGCCACUUGCCUUGCUGUUAUUGUUGUUGUCCCCUUUUUCACGGCUGCCAUUCAGCCUCAUUCAUGGAAAUAAUGUUAUGUAGGAUUUGAUUUUCAUUCCUUUUGAGUUUUAAAUCCUGUACAUCUGAGAAUAGUUAUGUUGUAUCAAUUGGAAGAAUUCAUUGUUUA